AUGAAUGACGAUUGGAGUCGAUGCCCAAUUUGUUAUGAAGAGUAUUCAUUAGUACAUCGUCCAACAACAUUUCUUUGCGGUCAUUCCACAUGUAUUGACCAUACAUUCGGUCAUAAUCGUCUUAAUGAAUGUCCAAUUUGUCGGUAUCCAUUGCACCAACAACAUGAAUAUAAUGUAUCAUAUAAUCUUGAAGAAGCAUCACGUUUAUAUCAUAUGACCAAAAAUACUGUUGACUAUUCAACUAUCAAACUACCAUCAGCAGAUAUUCAAACUAAUCAUAUAUCAACAGUAUAUCGUAAUGAAAACAAUGCACGUCGAUUACCGACGAAAUUGGAUCAUGAAGUUCACAACGAAGAAACAAUAACAACACCAAGAACAAUUUUAGCUUUUAUCUUAGCCUCAGCAUCAGCAAUGAAAAAAACUGCACAUAAAGGUCAACAACAUAAAAAAUGUGGCCAUUAUUGUUUUCUUAAUACAACACCUCAAUGUUGUGAAUGUUCUGAUCAAAGACCUCAUGCCGAGAACAAUCGAUAUGAUAAAUAUGUUGAUGGUCAUGGAAUUCAACAAUUCGCAAGACGUAAUGAAUAUUAUUGUCCUAGUUGUAAACAACAUUAA